CUAUUCCUCCCACUGAUACCAAUGAACGGGGCACUAUUCCUCCCACUGACACAAUGAUGGGGCACUAUUCCUCCCACUGACACCAAUGAUGGGGCACUAUUCCUCCCACUGGCACCAAUGAGGGCACUAUUCCUCCCACUGACACCAAUGAUGGGGCACUAAUUUCCUCCCACACUGGCACCAAUGAUGGGGCACUAUUCCUCCCACUGACACCAAUGACGGGGCACUAUUCCUCCCACUGACACCAAUGAUGGGGCACUAUUCCUCCCACUGACACCAAUGAUGGGGCACUAUUCCUCCCACUGGCACCAAUGAUGGGGCACUAUUCCUCCCACUGACACAAUGAUGGGGCACUAUAUUCCUCCCACUGGCACCAAUGAUGGGGGCACUAUUCCUCCCACUGACACCAAUGAUGGGGCACUAUUCCUCCCACUUACUGACACCAAUGAUGGGGCACUAUUCCUCCCACUGACACCAAUGACGGGGCACUAUUCCUUCCACUCAGGCCAACAAUGGUGCACUAUGACACAAAAUAUAACACUCGGGUGGUCACAGUUCAACCCCUUGUCCCAAGGA